AUGGCAGGUACUGGUGAGCGCCCGGGAAAAGGCAAGAAGGAUGACAAUGGCAUUGGGACUGCAAUUGAUUUUGUGCUGUCCAAUGCCCGCCUGGUGCUGGGGGUUGGUGGAGCAGCCAUGCUAGGGAUUGCCACCUUGGCUGUCAAAAGGAUGUAUGAUCGGGCCAUCAGUGCUCCGAGCAGUCCUACCCGCCUGAGCCAUUCAGGGAAAAGAAGUUGGGAGGAGCCAAGCUGGAUGGGAUCCUCCCGGCUACUGAAGCAGGACAUGAAGAGCAAUCUUAGCAGAUCCCUGCAGACUCUGCCUACAGACCCCUCGGCCUUUGACACAGAUGGUUUCUGCUCCCCCAGACCCAAACCAGCCUCCAAGAGGGGCCAGGCAGACUUGAAGAAGUCCCGACUCCGCCUGUCUCUUCAGGAGAAGCUAUUUGCUUACUACCGGACCCGGGCAGCUAUCCCCCCUGGCGAGCAGGCCCGGGCCAAGCAGGCGGCAGUAGACAUAUGUGCUGAGCUUCGGAGCUUCCUCCGGGCCAAGCUGCCUGACAUGCCACUGCGGGACAUGUAUCUGAGUGGCAGCCUUUAUGAUGACUUACAGGUUGUGACUGCUGAUCACAUUCAGCUCAUCGUGCCUCUGGUCCUGGAGCAGAAUCUGUGGUCCUGCAUCCCCGGGGAGGACACGAUCAUGAACAUCCCAGGCUUCUUCUUGGUCAGGCGGGAGAACCCAGAGUACUUUCCCCGGGGCAGCAGUUACUGGGACCGCUGUGUAGUUGGUGGUUACCUUUCGCCUAAGGCUGUGGCAGAGACAUUUGAGAAAGUCGUAGCUGGCUCCAUUAACUGGCCGGCCAUUGGCUCCCUCUUGGACUACGUGAUACGUCCAGCUCCACCCCCUGAGGCCUUGACCUUGGAAGUGCAGUAUGAGCCACAACGGCGGCUUGUCAUUGACUUUCUACCAUCAGUGACCUUGGGGGACACCAUCCUUGUGGCUCGGCCUCACCGGCUGGCUCAGUAUGAUAACCUAUGGAGGCUGAGUCUGCGCCCCGCUGAAACUGCCCGCCUCCGUGCAUUGGACCAGGGUGACUCGGGUUGUCGAGCUGUGUGCCUCAAGGUCCUCAAGGCCAUAUGCAAGUCGAGCCCAGCUUUGGGUCACCUCACUGCCAGUCAGCUCACUAACGUCAUUCUCCACUUGGCCCAAGAGGAGCCUGACUGGUCUCAGGACAUGCUAGCUGACCGCUUUUUGCAGGCCCUCAGGGCCUUGAUUGGCUACUUGGAGGCUGGAGUCCUACCCAGUGCCCUGAACCCCAAGGUGAACCUAUUUUCAGAGCUUACCCCUGGAGAAAUAGAUGAAUUGGGGUACACCCUUUAUUGCUCACUGUCUGAGCCAGAGGUCCUGUUGCAGACGUAAUAGAGGGCAAAGCCAGCUGUGAUGUGUAUUAGGUGGUCAGGCCUUGGAGAUUGUUGGAAACAUUCUCUGGGCUCUGCUGCCGAGGCAGUGCCUCACUGGGUUCCUCGGUGCCUCCAGUCUUGCUGGUCAUCAAGCCCAGGUCGAUACCUGCCAACUAGAAUGGCCUUUUCUUGCCCUGCCCUCCUUUUUUUCUGUCACUAAACACUGUGCCUCCCCCCUCCCCUUUUUUUUCACUGUCCUAGCAAGGCCAACUUCCAUAAAGUGCAGCAGGAAAGGUGACUUCUGCUGCCCCACCAGGCCCUACUUUUAAAACACUCUGUGUCUUUUACUGUUGCUCCCUCUGCCCAUCUAGCUCCUUUCCCUGGAGCACAUCUGCUUGACCAAGAUACUGUCUCAUAAGUGAAUGUUGCUCUGUAGCAAUGAGUGAAUAUUUAUGAAAUGCAUUUUGCAUGGUGAGUGAAUAUCCAGGAUCUGUGGGGGGGCUGCUGGGGCUGUCCCGAGAGCCAUGUUCCUGUCUGUAAAGGCAAAAGACAGGCAGGCUCUUGGGGGUGGAUGGGGGCCUACCCCACCUCCCACCUUCCUCAUUUGGCCAGGGAAAGCUAAGAUCAGGUAGAUUGGGAAAGGUGGAGAGCAUCUCAGAUGGAAAGUUCUCUCUUCUGGGAGGGAUGGCUCUGGAAAUUGGGUUCCAGGUUCUCUUCUGUGGCUUUCUCUGAGAGGGUAGAGGAGGUACCCAGAGGAGGAGCCUGGAGGUACAGUGACCAUCCUGCCUUGGUGCUCAGGAGGCUUGUGGUAGCCCUUCCUCUGUACCAGCCCCACGGCUGUCCAGCUCUGGAGUUGACUUUGACCAAGUGAUUCAGGAGAGGAAGGAGGGUCAUAGGCCCCUCAGGUAUCGCACAUUACUGAGGUUGCUGUGUUUUCCUAGCCACCCUGCUAUAGCAAUUAGCUGUGGUCAACAACAAGUGGUGGGUGUCUGGUGAGAGGCCAGAAUGCUUGCUGAUAGGGGCACCAAAAGAACCCCUCCUGGCUUCAUGUUUGUGCUGUGUCCCCUUCUUAGCUUCUCAUUUCAGCAGGGGCCAGGCCUGCCUUGAAGCUUCAGUACCCUUGGAAAAGGGAAUUGGACUGUCAAAAGGAUGCUUCAAUCCUGCAUCUGCCAGAGGCUGCUAGAACACGCACAUCCCUUCCCUUUGUCCUGUGUCUGUCAGAUAGCACCUGGGGAGAAAUAAGGGCCUUGUAGGGGAAGAUGGGGGUGAGGGGGGAUCCUACUUUAUUCCCCCUCUCCCCCCUUGUUCUUGUUGCCCGCUGUUAAAAAUGCACUAUUUAUUGCAAUGUAAAGUUGUCCUGGGAGGGAGGGAAGUGUUUAAUACAUAUUGGCAAUAUGUCUUACUGUUGUGUGUUUCUUUUUCUGUUUGUGGUAAGGGGCUAUCAAUGGCCCUGUUGCUGGCCUUCUUAUCCAGCAUUUUGUAUUCCCACCGCCAAAUCUUAGUAUUUUGCUUCUGCUUUCUCUACCUCCCCACUCAAUGAGAUUCGCUGUUCCCUGGAUUUCAAUGGUGAAACAGUCAGGAGACAGGAAACAGAAAGGAGACCAGAUCCUCAGCUUCCAGGAUUUCUAGGAGGAGACACCUAUGUAUUUCUCAGAGCCUGGGAAAUGAAGUGGGAGAGGGGGGUUAAUUUAGAGAAUCCCUGCCUCUUCCUCUUCUUACUGUUGAGGGAGAUUUGAUGGGUUUGUGUCUGUCUAUGGGAUUCUGAUUGCUCAUAGAACAUGCCUUCAGGAAGGAGACUGGGAAGGUCUGCCCAACAAAAGUGUUUUAAAAUCUGCAAUUUCUCUAGCUUGCUCUCCAAACCUCCUAUACAUUAGCUCCUUACCGUGGAAUAUGGAGCUUAAAAAAAAAAAGUAACCAUAUAUCUCAGAGGGGAAAAGUGAAUUGAAUUAGGAAGAAUUAUUCCAGAAUAGCUUCAAAUUCAAACAGGCUGAUCUUGCCACACUAUGAGGAGAUGGAGCAGUCCAUAGAAUCAGAAAGUAUGAGAGGUAUUAGGUAGCUUAGUGGAUUGAGAGCCAGGCCUAGAGAUGGAUUCAAAUCUGGAUUAGAUACUGCCUACCUGUGUGACCCUGGGCAAGUCACUUAACUCCAUUGCCUGGUCCUUACUACUCUUUUGCCUUGGAACCAAUACUUUGAUUCUAAGGUGGAAUGCAAGGAUUAAAACAAAAAAAUGGCCCUAGUUUAUGGCUCCUUUGGACACAAACCUUAACUGAUGCAAAGGAUGGGCAGCAGAAUUCCAACUUUUUGGGGGAGAGAUGAGGUGCUCUCAUCUCUUUGCUCAUUGAUCUACACAAACAUCAGAUCCUGAAAAAGUCUUUACUGGCAUAAACACCUCCUUUUAAAAGUAUCAGAAACCAAAUUGGUCAUUGAGGUUUUGGGAUUCUUAUUCCCCCAACAAAUUGGGAUUUCCCCCCCAAUCCCUAUGUUUAAUUGGGGUAUUUUUAUUAUUAAAGGAAAGAAGUGACUGAUGUUUUUUUUUAAGUCCAGGCUCCUACCCAGCCAUUCCCUGGCCUGGCUCCUUUUUGAUAUUUUUGUUGCUGCUUCUUUUGAAAGGGCAAAGAUGGAAUGGAACCUAGUGAGUAAGCCAGUGCCUACUAUGGGCAUUAGGGGAGGACUGAAGGGAGAGACCUGUGUUGGAGGCUCCCUCACUCCUUCCUUUGAGGCUGUAGACUUGGCCCUGAACUUGGCUGGAUAGUCUCUACCCUUUCUGACCUAGGAGCCAAAAUUGGGAGCAGGAUGUAUCAGGCCAGGCUUCCCCAGCUUGGAGCAUCUUCCCAUCACUGCUGUGCUGUGUGGUUAUGAGCUUAGUGGUGAUAGCUGACCAAAGGCCUGGGAGUGCAGGGAUUGGGGGUGGGAUUAUCUUGUUCCCUCUCUGUGAAAGCUGGUUUGUUCUUGGACUUGCAGGGGUUCUGACCAAGCUCCCAAGCUGCCCUUUGCUAUGUGUGUUGUCCUUGAUCCACAUGCAUUCUGAGCUGGACCACAGAUGGCCUGGGCAGGCUUUGAGGGUGGGACUGGGUGCUUGGGUUCUGUGUUCUGGUCAGUUCUGCUGAACUCCAGAUCCAGGCAGCCUGCCCAGGACAAGCACCGGGACAACCUUCCUGCUGUCUUUUUCUCCUCUAAGACAUCGAAGCCAAGGAGUCCGUGACUUAAAAGAGUGGGAACAUAAAACAAUAAUAAUAAUAAAAAAAAAACCUUUGCACCAGCUUUGGCUUCUGUGUUUGGUGUGGAUAAAAUUUUCUUUCCAAGGACUGGGCUGUUUGUUUGGAGGCUGCUGGUUAGGGUGGUGUGGGCCUUCCCUUUCACCCCAGAGGAGUUAGAGAUACUUCACUGAAGCCUCCAAGACUAGGCAGGUGAUGUUGGGCUCACCUUAGUCUUGUGCUUUGCAUUUUAAAAAUGGGCGUGAAGACAAAGGCUGGAAGUAGAGGAAUUAAAGGAGAGAAGCCUUUACUUAACCAUUUAUAGUGAUCAUUUUUCUCCUGGAUUAUUCUAGGGCUUUCAUGGUAACUCACAAAGAUCACAUGCUUUCUGUGGUUCCUGUUCCCAAAGUGGGCAUGGGCUUUCAUGUUUCAGGGUCUUUGUGUGUCCACACACAGAAUGAUUUUUCUCUGCCGCUAUGUUAUUUAUUUUAGCCACCCAACCCCCCCUAAAAACAGCAGCACCUUUUUUCCCCAUAGUCAGGAAUAGCACUGGGCACCAUGUCUUGGUCUAGAUCAGGACCGGAUUAGAGGAGCACUCUUGAGGCAAUUGGUGACUUAUUGCUGGCUUUUUAUAGACAAUAAACCACUGUAUUGUUAAUGUAGACAUGACUUUCUACCAAAAGGGUUCUUAGGCCAUUAGGGAACCCAAAGCACUGGGCCUUUCAGAAGUUUAAGAAAAAAGUCCUUGCACUUAGGCUUAAUCUAACAGUCUGCUGUGGAGAUACUAAAACCUGUUUGAAAGGAUGAUGCUAUCAAGCUAUCUUGGAUCACUUUGAGGAGAAAAAGAAUUCUCAGUCUUGGACAAUGGGAAGAAUUAGGUAAGCCUUCUUGUAAGGCUUCUGGGUCACCCCAGAACUGAACUUUAAGGGGAAAAGGUUCUGAAAAGCAGAGAAAAUGGUGGCAUGCUUUCCCAAGCAUGGGUGUUGGGGGUGACUCCCCUCCUCCCUCCAUGUGCAGAGAUAGGGCACAUGAUGGAUUGGGAUAUAGCCAAAGUAAAAUUUUUUGGCAAUAUUGCCUGCAUCAGAAGGAUGUCAUUGUCAAAAUGGACUGGUCACUCAGAUAUAAGUCUGGAGCAUCUCUGAUGCCAGGAUCAAGGAUCUGAAAUUUAAAGAAGCCAGCAGCCAGAGAAGAUUGCUUCAUUUGUAAAAAAGAAGAGUUGGACCUAAUUUGGGGAUCUUUGUUAAGUCCUGGACCUCUUAGGCUGUCCAAGCUUCUGGAUGAAACUUUUUGGAAUUUUUUUUUUAACUUCUGUCUUAAAAUCAAUACUAUAUAUUAGUCUAAAAGCAGAAGAGCAGUAAGGGCUAGGCAAUAGGGGUUGUGACUUGUCCAGGAUCACACAGCUAGAAAUUACUUGAGGCCAGAUUUGAACUCUUGAUCUAUCAUCUCUAGGCCUGGGUCAAUCCACUAAACCACCUAGCUGCCCUCCAGAAUCAUUUUGAAGAGCACAGAAUAAUCCAUAGGACUACAGAGCAAAUCAGAUAUAUUAAACUAUCAGAACACAACAUUCCUGGACCCCAAGUUCAGAGCUCUUAGAGGAAGUCAUGAAGGUACUUUCUGGCUAUCCAAGAAGAGAGGAAAAUUUCUGAUUUGUUGGUCUGGAUUGUCUGGGUAUAGAGAUAUAGGAAAGAGGAAAGUCAUAGGACAAACCCUGCUGCAGGUUGUCAACAGCUUUGUACCCGCUUUCUCAACUGGGUGGCCUUGGAGACAUGAAAGAGUUUAGUUACUUUCCCAGUCACUCAAAAGCCAAUAUUUCAGAAGUGGAACUUGAACCCAAGGCCCAGUUCACUGGAAGCUCACUUGGCGAUUAGACCAGCUGUUGGCUAUUUUUUUUUAUACCUCAAGUUAAUGCAGGAGCAAGAAAGCAGUCAUUAAAUGUUUACUAUAUGCCAUUUGCUGGGGAUGCAAAGGAAUGGGAGAAUAGGCCUUUCAGGAGCUCCUGCUAAUUGGGAAAACAGCUGCAGAGCAGAUGGGAAAGGCCCCCAAAUUUUAGGGGAUCUGAUAGCAUGAUGCAAACCCCCAAGAACCUUAGAGGGUACUAACAGGCUAAAUGAGGGUGCCUGGGAGGGUCUGGGGAAUGUAGAGGCAGAGGCUGGGCAGAUAGUAUAGCCCAGAGGAUCAUAGGUGCUUUGGUACAACAAGUGACAAGGUCCAAUGAUCCUCUCAGUGGAGGGACUCUGAAUUGGUCCCUCCCAGUACUUCCAAGCAGUCUAAGCUGCCUCUGUCAGGUGCUGACAUCAGGGAAGAAAUGGGAAAGUCAUGGUCUUGGCAGCUUGGGAACAAAAGAAAUUUAGAGAUGUAGAAGCCUUUUCAGGAACUUUUUUGGGUAAAGGCUUUGAGCAUGCCUUUUGCAUCUUUUACCAUUUCUAAGACCUAUUUUCUCUCUCUUUUUUUUUUAACUCACACCUGUCUUAGUAUCAGUUCUAAUACAGAAGAGCAGCAAGGGCUGCUAGCUAAUCAGGGGUAAGUGACUUGGCUAGGUUUACACAGGAAGUGUCUGAGGUCAGAUUUGAACCCAGAUCUUCCUGACUCCAAAGCCUGGCACUCUAUCCACUGUGCUACCUAUCUGCCCCUCCUCCCCUUUCCCCUUGGGAGAGUUGCCCACAUCCACCGUCCUGACAAUGGCUGCUCCAUUUAUCUGAGCCUGAAAGCUUUGGGUUUUAUGUUCUAUCUCUAGCAAUAAGGCACCCUGUCCAGGCUGUUUGGGAAAUGGAUUUGCUGACCAUGUUCUUGUGUUCAAAAUGGACCCCAUUUCAGAAUCAUGUUUUUAACAUGCAUAAAAUACACAGGAUUACAAAGAAAAAGGAAUUUUUCUGAAAUAUAGUUGCUAUUUUUUAACAAGAAAGUUCGUGCACCUUAGGUUAAGACCACUCCUGUUCCCUUGUUGUCUAGAUGUCAGAAGCAGGACCUGAACACAGGCUUCAAAGUUCCAAGGCCAGCCUUUUCAAUUCAGAGAGAUGCUCUGACAUUCCAAGCCCCUCUGUGGAGUAAAAUGAUCAGUACAAAUUCGUAUAGUGCUAUACAGACUAAGCCUUCCAUUCUGAUGGCUCCCAGCAGCAUGGAGAAGACCCUCUGUGACUGGAGGCCUUCCUAGGGAAGUGUGAGUUCUGAUAGGUUCUACCAAGCUGGUAGGGUUUCACGUUGGCCCUAGAAAUGGCCAAGAACCAUGAAGUUUGGAGACUAGCAGCAGGUUGGUUUGCUGUGGAAGAAUGGAUAUCUGAACCUGGGUUGUUGGAUUCAUGGAAUUUCAGAAUGCAAAGAGACCUUAGAGAUCAGCUGGGGCUUCUAAGGAAUGAAGUGAUGGCUCUAGGUCCUGGAGAGUAAUGGCAAAGCAGAUAUCAAAGUCCAAGGUGAGUUCCCACCCUACCUGUACCACUUCUGACCUUGGGCAAGUCCUGUCCACUCUCUACUCCUCUAGUUUCUUAAUCUGUUCAGAUAGACCUGUAGACUCUAGGGAGAUGAACAUGACAUGUUUUUAGCAAAGUUUGAAGAUUUUUAUAGAAGAGAUGGGUCUGGGAAUUCAGGUUUGCCUUCUAUUUUUCUGUUGACAUAAUAUCUAUUUUUCUCUUGUUCAUAAUAUCCUUGGGGACAAGAUGGAGAGAGAUAAGGGGUAAGACAAUAACUGGAAGAUUUGGAAAUGGAUGCCUGAUAAGUCAAAUUAGAGGUUGGUAGCUUGCUGGUAGAAUGUCCUCAGGCCUUUUUUUAGGCCCCACAGUGAUUAUUUAUAUCACUGACCUGGAUAAUAGGUAGCAAUGUUUAACAGAAUUGCAGAUGGGAAAGCUGGGAGUGAACUGACAGGCAGAAGGACAGAAUCUAAGUCCCCAAAGAUCACCACAGCCUCCCAUGGUGGGCCAAUUCUAGUGAAAUGGGAUCAGAGUGAAGGGCUUACAUUUGGACAGCUGCACAGGACAGGAUGGGGGAGGCAGGGCCCAGGCAGUUGCUGUGAAAACAAUCUGGGCAACUUAGUGAGCGUGAGUCAACAAUAAAUCAUGGCAGCCUUUAAAAAGCUCAUGUAAACUGAGUGCAUUCAUUAAAGGAGGCACUAUGUUCAGGACCAGGGAAAGGAUUGUCUUGCUGUCUUCCCUUCUGACAAGUCUAUUUCUAGGUGGCCCAGUUCUUUUUUUUAAGAAGAGCCUUUGGCAAACUGGAUUAUAGGCAGAGGAGAGUGACCAGGAUGCUGAGAUGACUGAGGAACAGGCCAAACCAAGAUCAGUUGGUGGAAGCAGGGAGUAUUUAGCCUGAAGAAAAGACGCAGGAGGGUUAGAGUAGAGGAAGGAAAAAGGAGGGGACGUGAUUCUAUUUAAUGGGUUUUCCUAUGGAGGAGAGACCAGAUUUAUCACAUCACAGAAGUUACAACUAGGGGUCAUGAAUGGAUUGUUGGUAGGCUCAUUUUUCUGCUCAAUUUGAAAGAAAAACCUUGUGAAAAUCCCAGAAUCACAAUCUCCCAGUUUGUUGUUGUUCGGUCUGGCUCUUUGUGACCUCAUUUGGGAUUUCCUUAGCAAAGGUCCUGGAGUGGUUUGCCAUUUCCUUCUCAAACCUUGUUUUAUGGAUGAGAAACUGAGGCAAAGUUAAGUGACUUGUCCAGGGUCUCACAGCUGGGAAAUGUCUGAGGCUGGAUUUGAACUAAAGGUGAGUCUUCCUGACUCCAGGCCUGGCACUCUAUCUACCUAGCAACUCUCAGAGUUGGAAGGAACCACCUAUGGCCAUAUAAUCCAAGCCAGCCCUAAACAGGAAGCCUCCUUACAAGACAUGACCAAGUGGGCAACCUUGUCCAUCCUUUUCUGUCUCCCCACUAUUAGUCUGGGAGCUCCUGAGAGCCUGGUCUUUUUUUGCCUUUCUUUAAUUAUUGGUGGUGGUUAAUCAAUGCUUGUUGACUGUAUCCACUUCAGCAUCUCUACUUUUGAGUAGGAGGUUUUGGUGAAGUUUCCAUUGGCCUCAUGUCCGGUUACUCUCAGUUCUGCCCAAGAGCCAUCAUCUGAGAUCUCCUAAAACAGGCCAAGAACACACUUAGUUGGAUUCCUCCUGAGCUUGCUCUUCUUGACCUCAAGCCCUUUGAUGCUCCUCCUGGGACACCAUCAUUUUGGAUGCGCUCUCUCAAAAACUGGGGGGUAGGGCCCAGUAGGACCACUCUUUCCCUUUUAUUUACACCCAACUUACCUACACCCUAGGAGUGAACUGGCAUUUUUAAAAUAACCGUUAUUUUCUCUCUUUGUAUCAACACUGUGUAUUGGUUCCAGGCCAGGAGAGCCGUAAGGGCCAGGCAAUGGGAAUUAAGUGACUUACCCAGGGUCCCACCGAUAGGAAGUUCCCGAGGCCAAAUUGGAACCCAGGAUGGCCUAUCUCUAGCCCUGGCUCUCCAUACAAUGAACAAACUAUGAAUGAAUUGGUUUUGCCUCCCUCAGUCACAGAGGGGUUCCCCAACCCUCCCUCCCUGGAUAGUAUUGGGUUUGCUGUCUAGCCAAGGAUCCUCCAGCUGGAUGGUCCCUGAAGAGUCAAGUGAACGCCUUGACACUGAUCUCUUCAAUUUCACUGUAUCUAUUUCAGUCCACGUGAUUCAUCAAUUUUUCCAAUAAGUGAAAAAGAGCCCCGUGGGGCAUCGGUCUUCGGUCUAGAAGGGUCGAAGCGGGGAAUGGGUAAACGGUCAACCAGGCUCGGAAGAUGGGGAGCUGCGGGAGAAGAACCCUGGAUCUGUAAAAUCACGACCAGGACACGGUGGGGGACGGCGGGGAAUUGGGGGUGGGGUGGCAUUUGUAGGCCACUUGCCGCGACCCUCGCCUACGCUGCUGAGCGCUGAACCGUAGGGACCAUCUCGACAACCUUCAGGUUCUUGCCCAAUAAGAGAUUGAGCUAGGCGUGAGUCAUCAGUUGGAGCCAAUCAGCACUGUCCUCUUGCCCUAGCCCUGCCUCUAACGCAGUCUCGCGAGAUUUUCGCGUUUCCUCGAGACAUCACAUUGACGCAAACCGUCCCAGGAUAAAAGAGAUUUUACUGCUCUGCCUCCCUCGCCCUUCCUGGCCCCUCCCUUGUUCCCGGAUAUGGGAGUGACACGAAAUUUAGAUCCCUCCGCGAAAAGGGAGUAAAGUUGUAUAAAAAUAGUCCCUGCCAUUCCACCCUUUUCCGGGAGAUUUUUCCAAGGCAAUCGCCUCCUUCGUUUCGUUGAUAACCAGAAAUCGUGCUCGGAGCUCAAUGAAGACAAUAGAAUGGAAAUGAAUACGGCACCUCGUUUUGGGGCGGGGAGGUCACGUGAUCUGGGUGGAAAGAUGCUUGACGCCUGCGGAGGAAUACCGCGUCACGUAUGGCGCGCACUAUAAGAAGCUCGCUUCAGGCGUUGCGGCCGCCAUUUUCAUUUCUGCUGUAUUUGGAGGAUAAUCUCUUUUGUUGCGUUCGUUGCCGCCCUCUCCCGCCCCGAGUUCGGCUCGCCUUAGUCCACCCCCCUCCCCCGGCGCCCGCCAUGGCGUUCUAAAGGCGGCAGCGACCGCGGCAGCAUUGGCCCUUGCAGCGGCGGCGGCAGCAGCUCCGGGCUCUGCAGCGGCAAACUCUAGCGGCGAAGCCAUGGCGUUUUUCACGGCAUUCAGCAGCAGCAUUGCUGUCAUCCAAGAAAAAGACACCCAAGACUACUCUGCCUUCCUGAAACCGACAAAAGUCCGACAACAUGACCGAGAUGAGCUUCCUCAACAGCGACUUGUUGUGGGGGGAUUUGUUGUCCCCCUUCAACCAGUCGGGUUUGGGGGCUGAGGAAAGCCUGAGCCCCUUAGAUGACUACCUGGAGGAGGCCAAGCCCUUCAAAUCGCAUGGGUUCUCCAGCGACAAGGCUAAGGCAGCCUCUUCUGAUUGGCUGGCUGUGGACAGUUUAGUUACUGCCACAGACUUUGGCAAGGGUAAGAAAUAGGGGGUUUUUCGGGGAAAAUUUUGGGGGGGAGGGGUCAAGGCCAUUGUCCUUAAAGUGGGUCAUUGGGGAAAUGGAUAGUGAUUGAUAAUUCUAGCCCAGGAUGUUUGGUGACAAAGUUAUUUGUCUUGCAGAGGAUGCCUUCUCAGGCAUGGAUUGGAUGGUGGAGAAAAUGGAUCUGAAGGAGUUUGACUUUGAUGCCCUCUUGGGUAUGGAUGACCUAGAAUCCAGCUGCUCUGAGCUUAUGGCCACGUUGGAAGGCUCUUGUGAUCUAUUCGACCCCCUGGCAACUAAUGAUAAAGAGACCCCAUUAACAGAAAAUUCAAUUGGCCAAUUCCCAGAAACUUCACUUGAAGCUGAUCAUGUUGCCCCCCUCCCCUUCCAUCAGUCUUUUCCCCUUUCUCUAAGGCCCCUGACCUCCACUCCAGACCAUUCUUUUAGUUUAGAACUAGGUAGUGAAGUGGAUGUCUUGGAAGGAGACAGAAACCCAGAACUUGGUUAUGUGAUGAUGCCCAAGGGUAUCAAAGAAGAAGAAGCUCCUUCAGAUAAUGAUAGUGGAAUUGGAAUCUGUACGAGCCCAGAGUCCUAUCUCAGUUCUCCCCAGCACAGCCCCUCCACUUCCAUGGGCUCUCCUAAUGAGAGUCAGCUCUGCUCAGAUCCCAUCUUUCUCUCUGCCCACCCCAAGCCAUAUGACCGCCCCCUUGAGGACAAAAAAGAGAAAAAGGUAGAUAAAAA